AUAUAGAGAAAUAAAAAUAUAAGAUGAAUAAAACAAUGGAAAAGUGAUGAAAGAACUUUCUUUGAAAGUUUAUUAUGAAAACUUCAACAUUUGAUUCUCUUGUCUAUGGAUUGUCGUUUGAUGAAUAUAAUAGAAAUGAAGAGUGUUUACAUUUUGUCGUAAACUUUCUGAACUUUUUCGAAAAUAAAGAUUCGUUUCAAAUAUUUCAAAACUAGUGUUGCAUCUAUGAGGUUCGGAAUGAUUAGAAAAAGUUGAUAAGGUUUUUCUCAUGUUUUAUACGUUGAUUCUGUUGUUUUUAUGGAAAUCAGAUUGCAUGAAAUUGUAUCGAACAUAUCUUAAAGUGUCGAUCGUUUGAUCCUCGAACACAAAUUUCUUAUUUCAUUAUUGAAAUUUUAUCAGUAGUUCUUAACUGAGAUUUCAUUUCAAAAAGAGAGUUGGCAACAUUCUGUUGAUCUUCAUCUUCGGAAAAAUAGUUGAAGCGAAAAGUCCGAUUUAAUCAAUUUUAAAGGAACAUUCUCUGUAAAGUAUUCAAAAUGAAAAUUCGAUUUCCACCGAGACUAACAGACAGUCAAUUGUUUACAACUGAUGGCGAAAUGAAAAGAAAUCUCGAUCUUUAAUUCGAAAGUUCAAAUAUUAAUCGUCAUUUCAAAUAUCAGAACAACAAGAUCACUAUUAAGGCUUUGUUUAUUUUGAAAAUAAAGUAAAACUGUUAUUUCUCUCUAUUGGUUUCCCAGUCAAACUUCUCUACUUCGAAUAUCGGUUCUUAUCGACGUAUGCUGAUCUAACGUGAACGAACAAAAUUGUCUUUUGUUUCAGCACCAUUACUAUCCAAGGUAAAUUUAAAUGUCAAUGCACGAUGGAUACAGUGUGGAAUCACUGUAGCUGGCGGAAAUGGAUACGGUAGUAAUAUUAAUCAGCUAUACUACCCAUGGGGUUUGUGUGUUGAUGAAGAUCAAACUGUCUACAUUACUGACUCUUGGAAUCAUCGUAUUAUAGAGUGGAAAUGUGGUGAAACGACUGGUCGAGUUGUGGCUGGUGGAAAUGGACCCGGAAACUGUCCUCAUCAAUUGAAUGGUCCGUACGAUGCGAUUAUUGAUAAAGAAAGCGAUAGUCUUCUCAUCUGUGAUUACAAAAAUAAAAGAGUUGUUCGAUGGCCUCGUCAAAAUGGUACACAUGGAGAAACAAUCAUCUCAAAUGUUGGAUGUUGUGGCUUGACAAUGGGCGAUGAUCGAUUUCUCUAUGUUGUCGAUCAGGAUAAACAUGAUGUCAGACGUUAUCGAAUAGGAGAAAGCCAAGGAACGCUAGUUGCAGGUGGAAACGGACCAGGUGAUCGACUUGAUCAAUUGAAUAAUCCUAGAUACGUAUUUGUCGACAGAGAUCAUUCAGUCUACGUAUCAGAUUCUAAUAAUCACCGUGUAAUGAAGUGGAUGAAAGAUGCUAAACAAGGUAUUAUUGUAGCUGGUGGUCAAGGGCAAGGAAAUAGUCUUGCACAAUUAACAAAUCCAUAUGGUAUCGUCGUCGAUCAGUCCGGUAUUAUCUAUAUAGCUGAUUAUUCGAAUCGUCGAAUUAUGCGUUGGUAUCAAGGUGUCACACAGGGAAGUGUUAUCAUUCGCGAAAAUGGUCAUAGAAAUCAAUCAAAUAAACUUUCUGGUCCUGUCGGUUUGUCAUUUGAUCGACAAGGAAAUCUCUAUGUCACUGAUAGUGGAGAUCAUCGCGUACAGAAGUUCAAUAUUGAUCAAAGUUGCAUUUUUUAA